CGGAAGUUCAGUCAGAUCUCAUCUCCCUUGUUCUGUCCUCAUCUGCGAUCUGUAAGGUGGUGGGAGCUGCGGGCGGGACUCGGGAGGUCCAGGAACUAGAAAUGGACUCAAUGGCCUUUGAGGAUGUUAAUGUGGAGUUCACCAUGGAGGAGUGGGCUUUCCUGGAUCCCACCCAGAAGAAACUCUACACAGAUGUGAUGCUGGAAACCUUCUGGAACCUGGCAUCAAUAGCAUGUAUUUUAGAAGAAAAAGGUGAAGACCAUGACACUGAAGAUAAGUAUGAAUAUCAUGGGAUGAAUCUUAGCAGUCAUAUGGUAGAGAGAGUCUGUACAAGGAAGGAUGGUAGUCAAUGCAGAGAAAACUUCAGCCAGAUUUCAAAUCAUAAUGGAAAGAGGGAAACUCCUACUGAAAUAAAACAACCUAAAGCCACGUUGUGUAGGCAAAUAUUCAUGCGUUACUUAUCCUUGAAUAAUCACCUGAGCUCUCUCACUGGACCCAAACUAUACCUGUUUCAAGAAUAUGAAGAAAACCCUUCUAAGUGUAAGGAACCUGAGAAAGCUUUCAAGCAUCACCAAAAUAUUCGAAGCCAUGAAGGCAGCCCCAGUGGGAAAGCUUUUCACUAUUCAGCCUCCCUUAGAAAUCAUGAAAAAACUCAUACUGGAGAAAGACGCUAUGAAUGCAAGCUUUGUGGUAAAGUUUUCUCUUAUUCAACUUCCCUCCAAAAUCAUAAAAGAACUCAUACUGGGGAAAGACCGUAUGAUUGUAAGCAAUGUGGAAAAGCCUUCUUUACUCUACGUACCCUCCGAUAUCAUGAAAGAAUUCAUACUGGGGUAAAACCAUAUGAAUGUAAGCUUUGUGGUAAAGUUUUCUCUUAUUCAACUUCCCUCCAAAAUCAUAAAAGAACUCAUACCGGAGAAAAACCGUAUGAUUGUAAGCAAUGUGGAAAAGCCUUCUUUAAUGUACGUACCCUCCGAUAUCAUGAAAUAAUUCAUACUGGGGUAAAACCCUAUGAAUGUAAGCAAUGUGGGAAAGCUUUCAUGUUUCCAAGUACCCUCCAAUGCCACGAAAGAAUUCAUAGUGGGGAAAAACCCUAUAAAUGUAAGCAUUGUGACAAAGCUUUCUCUCAUCCCACUUACCUCCAAUGUCAUGAAAGAACUCAUACGGGGGAAAAACCUUAUAAAUGUAACCAUUGUAGUAAAGCUUUCUCUUAUGCAUCUUCCCUCCGAUGUCAUGAAAGAGCUCAUACUGGGACAAAACCCUAUGAAUGUAAGCAAUGUGAGAAAGCUUUCUUUGCUCUAGGUGCCCUCCAACGUCAUGAAAGAAUUCAUACUGGGGAAAAACCCUAUAAAUGUAAGCAUUGUGGCAAAACUUUCGCUAAUGGAUCUUCUGUCCAAUGUCAUGAAAGAAUUCAUACUGGGACAAAACCCUAUGAAUGUAAGCAGUGUGGGAAAGCUUUCGUUACUCUAAGUAACCUCCGACAUCAUGAAAGAACUCAUACUGGGGAAAAACCCUAUAAAUGUAAGGAUUGUGGCAAAUCUUUCGCUAAUGUAACUUCCCUCCGAUGUCAUGAAAAAAUUCAUACUGGGGAAGAACCCUAUAAAUGUAAGUAUUGUGGUAAAGCUUUCUCUUCUUUAACUUACUUCCGAUGUCAUGAAAGGACUCAUACUGGGGAAAAACCUUAUGAAUGUCAGCAAUGUGGAAAGGCUUUUUGUCUUUCCCAAUCUCUUAGAAGUCAUAAAAAAAUGCAUACUGAGGGGAAAUCCUAUGAAUGUAAGCAAUGUGGGAAAGCUUUCGUUGCUCUAGGUGCCGUACUCCGACAUCAUGAAAGAACUCAUACUGGGGAAAAGCCCUAUGAAUGUCAGCAGUGUGGAAAAGACUUCAGUUGUACCUCACAUCUUCGAAGACAUAAAAGAACUCACAAUGGAAAGAAGACUCAUGAAUAAGAAAUGAGGUAAACCGUUUUUGCCAUUCUUUUUCUCAUAGUGGAGAGAAACCGCAUCAAUGCAAGGAAUGUGGUAAAGCCUUUAGGUUCCAACUAGUUUUUACAGACAUGUGAAAACAAAAUGUAUUGAUAAACACCGUUAAUGUAAAGAAUAGCCAAGAGCCUUCAUUUAUCUCUCAGCUAUGCCAUCAUGUAUGAUAAUCCUUAUUGGGGAUGGGCCCUAGUAAUGUAAGAGGGUUAGAAAGCAUUCAUUUUUUCCAGUUUAUUGUAAAGAAUGAAAGAACUCAUUGAAGAGAUCCCUGUCAUGUAAGGAUUGUAGAAGAACCUUUGGCCAUCCUAGUUCUUUACAAAAUCAUGAAGGGACUCACACCCAACAAUAUGUGUAUGAACAUAAGGAAUGUGGGAGAGCCUUUCUUGGACAUGUGAGAAUGCACCUGCUGAAAUAGUGUAUAUGUAGAGAAGGUGGGAAAACCUUCAGCUGUCUCUUUUCCUUGGAAAGAUCAUUAAAAAAACUCAAAUUUGAGAACUGUAUUUAAUGUAAAAAUAUAGGAAAACCUUCAUGUUGCCUUAUGUCCCUACAAUAAUACAAUGUGAAAAUGUACACUGGAUAGAUACUGUAUAAUUUCCUAUUAAAAAAAACGUUUAAAUUUUAACAAAUACUUUCAGAGUAUCUUGAAAACUGCACUGGAAGGAAAUCCUAUUAGUGUAACUAACUGGUACAUGUAAACCUGUUGCAAAUGAAGUCAUAUACUCCCCAAAAUCACAGCAUUAAAGAAGUUCUAUGAACUUUUGACAAAUUUGGUCAUUAUCAGUACUCAUUCUUUUUUUGUUGGUUUCUUAAAAUUGAUGCUUUAGAGUGAGGAAGGCAGAGAGAGAAAUAGAGGGAAACAUAGAUGUGAGAGAGAAACACCAAUGGGUUGUCUUUCCUGUGCCCUGACCAGUAAUGUGCCCUGAUGGGUAUUGAAUGAAUAGGCCCUACACGCAUAUAUAUCCUUUUUAAAUUUUCAAUUGCACUUGAAAUUCACUAUUCUUUUAGUCAAUAAGUAUUUGCCACAUUUGUACAUACUUACUGUUCACUAUAGAGUCCCCCUGUGUAUUAUUUUCAUGUAUUUUUGUGUGUGUUGCUUUUGGCUGGGAAUUGUGCUAUGGGGUUCGCAUUAAGAAGAGAAUAUUUGCCAAAACCAGUUUGGCUCAGUGGAUAGAGUGUCGGCUUGCGGACUGAAAGGUCCCAGGUUCGAUUCCGGUCAAGGGCAUGUACCUAGGUUGCAGGCACAUCCCCAGUAGGAGAUGUGCAGGAGGCAGCUGAUCGAUGUUUCUAUCUCUCUAUCUCUCUCCCUUCCUGUCUGUAAAAAAUCAAUAAAAUAUAUUUUCAAAAAAAAAAAGAAUAUUUUAGUUUGUUUUUCUAAAUCUUUGCCCUGCCAGCCAAGAAUAGCCUCAAAACUGCCAGCCACUUCUUUACUUCCAUUGAUGUCGGUGUAAGCUUUACAGUUGUUCAGAAUUCAACAUUAAAGUUCCACUAUAGGUUGGCUUUUCCUUCAAGCCCAUAGGUGUCCACCAGGCAACAAAUGUAGACUGUCAUGGUUGAGACUGUUCUCGGAAGGGUAUGCACUGUUCUGUUGAUUGCAUUUGCAUUAGAUCUAGUUUUUCUAGUAAUCAUCUUGUCCUGUUGGUACUACUGACUAAUUCAGAUCCCAUUGUGACAGCUGCAAUGGUUCAGUGCCAAGGAGCCCCUUGACAGUUUGUUCUUGUACCACCCUCUGCAGUGAGGGCUCUGAGCCAGUCCUUCCAUGUGAGAAUCAGCACUUUCUUCAUUUCCGGCAGACUCUGAUGUGUGCUGUCACUCAGAGCUGAUCCUAAUCUCUCAAUAUUUUCAGUUAUCUUGGGUUGUAUGUGAUUA